AUGACCGAGAUGGUGAAUGAAACGAACGCCUCUGAACGAGCCGAGGAGGCCCAGAGGAGCCAAAGUGCGGCGUCCAACUUCUCGCUGAACUCGUUGAGCAGCAAGAACUGCAUCGUUGCGAUGCUCGAAGGCCGGAAAGACAGACAAACAAUAGUCAACAAUCAGCUGGAUCAGGAACUAGAGCCCGGCGAAAAUGCAGACGCUAAACCGCCACCUGGAGUCGUCCGCUGCCCCGUCUGCAAGCAGGACAGUAACAUAGGCAAUGAUUUACGUUGGGUUCAGCUGCUGACGCCUGAUUUUGUGACGAUGAACCUGCAAGAUUCGAAUGCGAUGGAGCUCUUUCAACUAUCAUGCGAGUCCUGCAAAACGAAGGACAAGGCAGUGGCUCGAUGCAUAGACUGUGCGAACUUUCUGUGCCCCAAUUGUGUUCAGGCUCAUCAGUUUAUGAGAUGUUUUGAAAGUCAUAAGGUAUGUUAG